UCCUGCUCUCUCCUCUCCUCUCACACACACAAAGAUCCCUUUCUUUUUCUUUUUUUAGAAAGACUUGAUAAAAUCUUUUGAGGUUUUCUAAAAUCUGAUAACACACAAACACAAACCAAAAGUGAUCAAUGAAGAUGCAACACACCCAUUUUCAUGGGGCUAGUGUGUACAAUGGUUUAAAACCUCAUAAACUAACAUUCAAGAAAGCCGUGAAGAAAGUGAUGAGAGAUCGGUUAACUAAUCAGUUCAGGGUUGAGAUGGAGAACAUGGUCAGGAAAAUUGUUCGAGAGGAGCUUGAUCGUGUUAUUAAACCACAUCUCUCCUCUUCGUGGUCCCCAAUAGAGCGAUCCCGUUCGGAAACGCCGUCCUCGCGUUCACGGUUCAAGCUGCGGUUCAUCAACGCACCACCGUCUACGAUAUUCACGGGGGCCAAAAUCGAAGCUAGGGACCGUUCUCCCGUAGCGUUCGAGCUCGUGGAUACAGCCACGAAUUCACGAGUCGUCUCAGGACCGCUCUCGUCUUCUCGGGUCGAAAUAGUGCCGCUGAACGCUGACUUCACGGAGGAAAGCUGGACCGUUGACGUAUUCAAAGGGUAUAUUGAAAAGCAACGCGAAGGGAAACGUCCGUUACUCACCGGAGAUUUAACGGUGGCGCUUAAAGACGGCGUCGGAGUGAUCACCGGAGUUGUUACUUUCUCGGAUAAUUCGAGCUGGACUAGAAGUAAGAAGUUCCGGUUAGGUGCUAAACUAACCGGUGGUGGCGCCGUGGAGGCGAGAAGUGAAGCCUUUAAAGUUAAAGACCAACGUGGAGAAUCUUAUAAAAAACAUCAUCCUCCGUACCCCGGUGACGAGGUUUGGAGACUGGAGAAAUUAGCAGGCGUUUCUGCGAAGCGUUUGGCUGAGCGGAAGAUUUUUACCGUUAAGGAUUUUCGUCGUUGGUAUACGGUAGAUCCAGAGGCGCUAUACAACCUACUUGGUGGAGGGAUCUCAAAGAGAACAUAUGAAGAAGUAAUUGUAUCCCAUGCGAUGGAAUGUGUUUUGGACGAAGCAGAGUGUUACAUCUACAACACAACCGCUCUUGGCGUGUCGCUUAUCUUUAACUCUGUAUAUGAAGUGGUCAAAGUGUAUAUCAGUGAUGGCACGUUUCGAGACCCCGACCAGCUACCAGCUUAUCAGCUGGACGAGCUGAAGCGUGAAGCGUAUCAAAACCUUAGCCAGUUUAGGCCCUUUGUGGAAUAUCCACAAAGGUCCUUGCAAUGCACUCAAAGUCCUGGAUUUGGAAUUGCAUGUCCUGGAUUGUACCACAACAACUUUCAAGGAAUUUCGGAUUCCUCAGACUCUUUGAGGUCUCUUUACUUCACAGCUACAAACUCCACGAUCCAACCAGAGAACUCACCAGCCACGACGUCGUAUCACAUUGAUGGAAAAUUCAUGCAAAGAAACAGCUUCAAUGUUAGUGAACACGAUCCGGUGCACAGCGAAUCACAAACUGUAGCGACAAGAGAUUUUAUCGAGAAUGACGAGAAUAAUUUUGCUUAUCAUCAACAUCAUGACUUUCCCUUGAACUGGUCGCCUGGUGCAGCGGAUGUGGAGCAACAAUUGAAUAGUUUUUGUGUUAGCGUGUCUGGCACGGAAGAAGCUGGAACGUACGAUGUUAACAUUAAUGUGGGAUCUCCAAGAGGCAGGUGGUGUAAGGUCAAGGCAGCCUUUAAGAUCCGAGAAGUUUGGAAACUCACAACUGCCAGAAAACGAGGGAAGGCUUGUAAGAAGCCUUGUCUACUCUAUUAGAUACAGAGGUUUCGAUUCUUAUACGGUGCAUGAAAGAUGUGUAUGUUGUGUAUGUGUGUGAAUUCAUAUUCUUUCCUUUUGAUAGAAUAGGGUUAGUAAAAUGGAUCCCGGCCAUUGACUGUUUCCAAUGGUUCAAUAAGUACUGGGGAUUAGUCUUUGUGUAUACCAUGUUUGAUAUGUAAUCUCUACGAAAAAGGCUAUACUGUAUAUGUAACCAAAUCAGUUUACA